CGCCGGGACGGAGGAGCCAUAAAGAGCCGGGGAGGGAGGGCAGAUUUCUCGCUGCCCAAUCCCCCUGUUCCCCCGGGAGCAGCAGCUCCUCGGCCCGUCCCUCCCUCUUGUUUGCUAAUCAUUUCAUUUUACCCCCUUUUUGAAGCGCUGCCUGGUUUUUUUUAUCCCAUUUUUCUUUUCCACUCGGUCCGCGGCGCUCGCCUGUCUCUGAUCCCGGAUCCCCGGACUCUCCGCCCGGCCCCUCCGAGAUGCUCUCCGCGCUCCUCCAGCUCCGACCCGCGGCUGGGAUCUAAACCAAACCCGCUGAAACCCAGAGGAAUCCGCGGCUCUUCUCUGGAUCAGGACCCGGCACUUUGAGGAAGCUCCAUUCCCCCCUCCUCUUCCUCCUUCACCCCUCCUCUUCAUCACUCCUCUUCUCUCCACCUUAAUCCAGGUGGUCCUCUGGCUUCUUUGAGCGGCUGGUACAGGGAGGAUUAUUCUUCAUCUUCUGUCUUGUUUCUGGUGAAGACAAAGCUCCCAGAAGGACAAUCUGAUGUUCUCCAUCCAGGACAGCCUCCCCCGGGGGGCCCUGACCAUGAAGGAGGAGCCGCUCCCCACCGGCAUGACCCCGGUCCGCUCCUGGAUGCAGGGCGCAGGGAUUCUGGACGCCAACACAGCGGCCCAGAGCGGCGUUGGACUGGCCCGGGCCCACUUUGAGAAGCAGCCUCCAUCCAACCUGAGGAAGUCCAACUUCUUCCACUUUGUGCUGGCGCUGUACGACCGGCAGGGCCAGCCGGUGGAGAUCGAGCGGACCUCCUACAUAGACUUUGUGGAGAAAGACAAGGAAUAUAACGGAGAAAAGACCAACAACGGGAUCCACUACCGCCUCCAGCUGCUCUACAGCAACGGAAUCCGAACCGAACAGGAUCUUUACGUCCGGCUCAUCGACUCCAUGACCAAACAGCCGAUCCUGUAUGAAGGUCAAGACAAGAACCCCGAGAUGUGCCGCGUCCUCCUCACCCACGAGAUCAUGUGCAGUCGGUGCUGCGACAAGAAGAGCUGCGGGAACCGGAACGAAACGCCUUCGGACCCGGUCAUCAUCGACAGGUUCUUCCUGAAGUUCUUCCUGAAGUGCAACCAGAACUGCCUGAAAAACGCCGGGAACCCCCGGGACAUGAGGCGGUUCCAGGUGAGCGCCAGGUCUUCUCUGACCUCUGACCUUUCCCAGCUCCCUCUUGGCUGGAGACAGAAUUACAACACUGAACGCACUGGGGCCUUGUUGGCGCGGAGAGGUCAGAGGUCACGUAGUGACCUGCCGUUGUGUGUGUGUCUCCAAGCAGCCACGCCGUGCAUCAAGGCCAUCAGCCCCAGCGAAGGCUGGACCACCGGCGGCGCCACCGUCAUCCUCAUCGGGGACAACUUCUUCGACGGCCUGCAGGUCGUCUUCGGCACCAUGCUGGUCUGGAGCGAGCUCAUCACGCCCCACGCCAUCCGGGUCCAGACUCCGCCCCGGCACAUCCCCGGGGUCGUGGAGGUCACGCUGUCCUAUAAGUCCAAACAGUUCUGCAAAGGAGCGCCGGGUCGCUUCGUCUACACCGCGCUCAACGAGCCGACCAUUGACUACGGCUUCCAGAGGUUACAGAAGGUCAUCCCCCGUCACCCCGGAGACCCCGAGAGGUUACCCAAGGAGGUUCUGCUGAAGCGGGCCGCCGACCUGGUGGAGGCGCUGUACGGCAUGCCGCACAACAACCAGGAGAUCAUCCUGAAGCGCGCCGCCGACCUGACCGAGGCGCUCUACAGCGUGCCGCGCAGCCACAACCAGCUGCCGUCGCUGGCCGGCUCCGCCGCUCACUCCGGCAUGAUGGGCGUCAACUCCUUCAGCAGCCAGCUGGCCGUCAACAUCAGCGAGGCGACGCAGGCCGACCAGGGUUAUUCCCGUAACUCCAACAGCGUGUCGCCACGCGGCUACGUGCCGAGCUCCACGCCGCAGCAGUCCAACUACAACACCAUCACGUCCUCCAUGAACGGAUACGGCGCCGCCAUGACCAACCUGGGCGUUCCCGGCUCCCCCGGAUUCCUCAACGGAUCCACCGCCAACUCUGCUUACGGUGUGUGUGUGAACACCAUCACAUUGUCCACCUCCUGUCCAACCCUCCAUCCCUGCUGCUCCUCCACUAACACACUAACUUCCUUCUUGCCUGUCCAUAUGAUCUCCACAGUCAAGCAGAAGAGCGCCUUCGCCCCCGUCGUGCGGCCUCAGACCUCCCCGCCCCCCACCUGCACCACCACCAAUGGCAGCAACCUCCAGGCCAUGGCCGGCCUCAUCGUGCCCCCCAUGUGAGGAGCCUCUGAACCAGAACCAGAACCGCCAGCAGCAGGACUUCCCGGACGGACCCUGCUGGUUCUGCUCCUCUGGAACUGGGUGGGUCCAACGGCAGCUUUGGUUCUGAAGAAAAUGCAGAACAGAACAUUUCCUCCUCCACAGAUUGGACGUUUGGGUUUCCUCGUACCAGGAAGCGGUUCCGGUUCUGGUUCAGGUCCAGCGGGUCACAUGCUGCUCCUGGUUUGUUCCUCUGCUGAUGAACAUCUGGAUCUUCUGCUGCUCCUCCAGAUGUUUGCAGCUCCACAGUUGGUUCUGUUGGACUCUUGAGGUUCUCCAGAACCCGUCCUGCUCCCAGUGGAUCCAGUUGGACCUAGUCCAGUUCAUUCUGUUUGGUUUGUUUGAAUCCGAGCCGGACCAGAACAUUCCGGUCCAGCGGAGUGUUUUCCUUCUGGUCCCGUGCCGUCCGCCAUGUUUGUUUCCUCAGGCAGGAAACAGGAAGCUGCAGAGUUCAGCUUCCUGUUUCCUGUUCACGUUUCUUUCUGCGGUCCGGUUCGGUUUGUGUCCAGUUCCGGGUCUGACCCGGUUCUGUUCCUCCAGGUUGUGAUUCUUUUCCAUGUUUUUCUGAGCAAUUUGAUCUAGAAACCUGGAAAUCUUUUAGUCUGUAAAAACAAAAAAUAAAAUCCUGUUUUUGUAAAAAACAAAACAAAAAAACAAAAAAAACAAAAUCAGGUGGGA